AUACUCUUAUUUUUUUUUAUUUUGGCUUGAGCAUGUGUUCCUCUCCUCCCAACAAGCAACCGGCAAACACACCCAGCCGGAGGUUUCCAGAUUUUUGGAGGUUGCAGGGUUGAAGCUAUCUCACCGAGGGAAAGGGCUAAAAGAAAAGUUUUUUAUUUUCUCGUCAAAGGAAAUGGACGCCACCGAAGCUUCUUUGUCCACUUCUCCAUCAAAAUCCAGUUUCAGGCACUGCGAAUUCCAAAGCUAUUUAAUCGCACUUACUGAUCUCCCUUUUUAGGGAAUCCAAUUAUAUUACGUAAUAUAUUUAAAUGAAUUCAUUAUUAUUAUUAUAUUGUCACGCAGCCAACAGCGCCAUUUCUAUCUUGCUAUUGAGAGGAUCAAAUUCAAGAUGGAUACAGUGGUGGAUCUAUUGGGCAUGGCCGGCCGCCUUCCAAGUCUGCCGGUGGUGGUUUGCUGCAGCACCAGGGACGAGCUAGAUGCUGUUUUCUCCGCCCUAUCCACCCUUUCACACAUUACUGUCUUCGCACUGUACAGUGACCUUGCUGAAGCAGAAAGGGCACACACAUUUGCUAAAUUCCGGCAGGCCAUGCUGAGGUGGAAUCGUCAUACCGUGGUUGAUGAAGGGGGAGGAAAGGAGGAAGAGAAAUGUCACCUGAUAGUUGUGACUGAUGCUUGCCUUCCUCUUGUGAACUCCGGAGAGUUUCCUUUUAAUGCACGUCUCUUGAUUAAUAAUGAGUUACCAACAAAAAAGGAAACAUAUAUGCGGCGCAUGGCUACUUGUUUGGCAGCAGAUGGAAUUGUGAUCAAUAUGGUGGCCGGAGGUGAGGUUGUAAAUCUCAGAAACAUUGAAGAAAGCAGUGGGUUUGUAAUAGGAGAAAUGCCCAUAAAUAUUUUUGAGAUGCUGUGAAGGAUUAUGGUGUUGCAAUGCGGGAAAAGGUAAAUAGAGGGGGUGGUUGAGAUGCUGUAAUUACCACAGCUUUUGUAGCUCUCUUUGGGAAUAAACCUCAAGAGUAGGUAUAUUAUACUCCGUAAUUUAUUACUGCAUUUUUUUUUGCGGUAAAAAAUGUUAUGCAGGAAUGAUGGAACACUAUUUAAGUGUCUUCCAUGUUAUACAAAAACCGUCUGAUUUUUAACCAAAUCCAGAAGUCACAUACUCCGUAUAUUAUCUUUUACUUUAAGUCCUUGUAAAAUUUGUUAUUUUUACUUUUAAAAGUUUUAAUUUCUGCAUACAUUAUAAGUUCUAUAAAAAAAAUCGUAGAAGCAUGAAUUAAAC